CUUGUGGCCUUUCUCACACCUUCUUCUCCAUCUUUCCUUUCUAGUUUCCUUCUUCAAUUACCAACAAAAUAUUUACUUUUCUAAAAACACUUCGAUUAUAUUCCUUAAAACCAUGGGAGGAAACUCACCUUGUGCUUCUUGCAAGUUGCUUCGUCGCCGUUGUGCCAAAGACUGCAUCUUUGCACCUUAUUUCCCUUCCGACGAUCCCCACAAAUUCGCCAUCGUUCACAAGGUUUUUGGUGCCAGCAAUGUCAGCAAAACGUUACAGAACGUACGAUAUCUCUUGUUGCUAACCAUUGGGGUUCAUAAAAACCAGGAGCUGCCGUUGCAACAAAGGGCUGAUGCGGUGAGUAGCUUGGUGUAUGAAGCAAAUGCAAGGAUUAGGGACCCUGUUUAUGGAUGUGUAGGGGCUAUAUCUUAUUUGCAGAACCAGGUUUCUCAGCUUCAAAUGCAGCUUGCGGUGGCUCAGGCUGAAAUAGUGUGCAUUCAAAUGCAACAAGACCCUAUUAUGGUGGCGGCUAACCCUCAAAUGGUAUUGGGCCAAGCCGACGAUGAUGACCAAGCUUUUCUUCUCCAAAAUCAGUGCUUUAAUUUUGCUAAUAAUAAUGCUUCUUCUUCUGCCUAUGUAAAUAUUCAUGAGUCUCUCAAAAGGGAGAGCAUCUUUGGAGACAUAGUUUCUUAAUUUAAAAAAUGGGUUUUUUUUUUGUUUGCUAAGUGAUGUUUUGUUAUAAUUUUUAGGGUUAAUUUCACUAGAUAUCCCCACACCACGAAACAGAUUCUAGAUUAGGCCCUAGGCCUUCAAAUAUUGAGAUUUUGUAUUAUUUUUAAAAUGUCAAAUCCAAACUAUUCAUGUAGUAAGUACAUAAUAAGUGUGAGUUCAGCUCGGUUCAAUUAGGUUGAAUUUUUUGAACUAUCUAUAAUAAUUCGGUUCGAUUCAA